AUGGCGAGACUCUUGACAUUGAUCUCACUCGCGGCGGGCCUCUUCUCGUUGACCGUGAACGCCCGGGUCCCUGUUUCUCGUCCAGAGUCUUUCGCUGCAGAGGUGCGACAGGUCGACGUCGAGACGGUCACGGUCGAAAAUUCUGGCGGUGGAAGCUCAGUGAUUAUCAUUGCCACGAAUGAGGGAGGCUCCAGCCAGAAUAAAUACUGGAAUCAGCCUGCGAUGGCUGUGGGUAAGGUGCAUCAGGUCACUGUGGGUGGCAGCGCAGGCCUCGUCUAUACCCCCGACAGCAUCACCGCCGAUGUAGGCGAUAUGGUGCAGUUCAACUUCAUGUCGGAGAACCACACCGUCACGCAGUCGUCCUUCAACACACCGUGCGAGAAGCUGGCCAACGGCGUCGACUCGGGCUUCAUGCCGAACCCGGGCAACAGCCUCAACCCGCCGCCGAUGAUGAUGUUCCAGGUGAACACGACGCAGCCGAUCUGGAUGUACUGCCGCCAGAAGGGCCACUGCGGGAAGGGGAUGGUCUUCAGCAUCAACCCGACGGCGGAAAAGUCGCAGGCUGCCUUCAAAGCGGCCGCCAUUGCGCAGAACGGCACUGCCAGCAGCUCUUCUUCUAAUAGCGCGGCGGGAUCUGCGUCCAGCUCCGCUGCUGCAUCUGCUGCAAGCUCGGCGGCCGUGGCAGCGGGUAGCUCGAGCGUGGUGCAGGGUAGUGGCACGACCAGCAAUGGAGGUACCUGCGCUUGCUCAUGUCUCUGUGGAGCUGCAGCUUUCCCAGCAGGCGCUGGUAUCGGUGCUGUCGGAGGAUGGGGUGGUGAAAUCUCGAUUGUCUCAGCAGCAGCGAAAAAGCGUGCCUUGAUUGACGAUCACGGCCACUGA